AAGGUCUGCAAAAAUCUGACAGGUCUAAAGAUACAUCAGACCAAGAUGUGCUGCCUAAGGAACCCUGUGGUGCAACGCACAGUGCUAGUACCCAGUACGGCAUCUGGUGAGACGGAGGAGGAUCCAGGCCCGGAGACACCCCACAGUGCCCAGAGCCUCCACGCACUACCGGCGUCACCCCAAAGCAGACCAUCAGAACAGCAUCGGAUUUUGUGGCCCGCUGCCAACAAGGAGUCAGAGUGGCAGCAGUUUGAUGUAGAUGUUGAUUCAGCCCUUGAAGCAUCAGCAAAGGGUGAUGUGGAGCAGAGGCUCAGGACAAUGAGCACACUCAUAAUAUGCAUUGCAUCAGACAGGUUUGGCAUUAAGGAACAUCGUGCCACCAAGACUACAACAGCACCAAUUCCAAACCAGCGUGAGAAGAAGAUCUCUCAACUCAGAAAGGAGCUGAGGAUAUUAAGGAGUCAGUUCAAGAAGGCUAAUGAUGAUGAGAAGGAAGCCUUGGCAGAACUGAGGGGUGUGGUGAGGGAGAAGCUACUCACCCUCCGUCGGGCCGAGGGGCACAGGAUGCGGGGCAAGGAGAGGGCUCGCAAGUGCAGUGCCUUCAUCGCAAACCCAUUUGGUUUCGCAAAGAAGCUGCUGGGAGAGAAACGCAGCGGUCAGCUCUCAUGUCCGAAGGAAGACAUCAACUGCCACAUAAGUAAUACUUACAGCGACAGCAUGAGAGACCAAGACCUUGGCCACUGUGAAGCCCUUGUAUGCUCUCCUGAACCCAGCACCCUGUUUGACAUCGGUGCACCCACUCUGAAGGAAAUCAAAGAGGUCAUCAAAGCUUCCAGAGCGGCAUCAGCACCGGGCCCAAGUGGGGUCCCGUACAAGGUCUUCAAACAGUGCCCCUGCCUGCUGGAGCACCUGUGGCAGAUCUUCAGAGUGAUCUGGAAAAGAGGGAAGGUACCCCAGCAGUGGAAGUAUGCAGAGGGAGUAUGGGUCCCCAAGGAGGAGAAUGCAAAGGACAUCGAGCAGUUCAGAUCAAUCUCCCUUCUCAGCGCAGAGUGCAAGGCCUUCUUCAAGAUUGUUUCCAACCGCCUCAUGAGAUUUCUGCUGAAGAACUCCUACAUCGAUACCUCUGUGCAGAAAGGAGGAGUCCCAGGGUGUAUCGAGCACACUGGCGUAGUGACUCAGCUGAUCCGUGAAGCGAGAGAGACCAGGGGUGAUCUGACAGUACUUUGGCUGGACCUUGCCAAUGCUUACGGUUUGAUUCCACAUAAGCUGGUGGAAUUAUCCCUGAGUAAAUGCCAUGUCCCAGAGAAGGUGCGUCAUCUCAUCCUCGACUAUUAUGACCAUUUUAGUCUGAGGGUGUCCUCUGGGGCAUCAACAUCAGAUUGGCAUUGUCUGGAAAAAGGCAUUAUCACUGGCUGCACGAUCUCUGUGUCCCUGUUCGCCCUUGCCAUGAAUAUGCUGGUGAAGUCAGCAGAAGUGGAGUGCCGAGGUCCAUUGUCUAGAUCUGGUACCCAACAGCCACCGAUAAGAGCAUUCAUGGACAAUCUCACGGUAACCACAACAUCAGUGCCUGGAUGCAGAUGGCUCCUGCAAGGUCUGGAUCGACUCAUAACUUGGGCAAGAAUGAGUUUCAAGCCUGGGAAAUCCAGGUCCUUGGUUUUGAGGAAAGGGAAGGUGACAGACCGCUUCCGAUUCAGUCUGGGAAACACCACUAUUCAGUCUGUGUCCGAAAAACCAGUGAAGAGCCUCGGAAAGCUCUUCACUGGCGAUCUGAAGGACACCGCUGUACGCCAAGCAGCCGGCGACAACCUCAACCAGUGGCUCUUAGCUGUGGACAAGUCUGGGCUUCCCGGGAAGUUCAAGGCCUGGAUCUAUCAGCACAACAUCCUGCCUCGUCUCCUUUGGCCACUGCUGAUGUAUGAAAUCCCAGUUACGACCAUGGAGGGCUUUGAGAGGAAGAUCAGCCAGCACCUGCGCAGGUGGCUCGGCCUGCCACGUAGUCUGAGCAGUAUUGCGCUGUUUGGGCACGGGAUGAAGCUCCAGUUUCCUUUCAGCAGUGUCACAGAGGAGUUCAAGGUAGCCCGGGCCAGAGAAGUCCUGCUCUACAGAGACUCCGCUGAUGGGAAGGUAUCCUCAGGAGGUGUGGAGGUUCACACAGGAAGGAAGUGGCGUGCCCGGGAUGCAGUGGAGAGAACAGAGGCAAGGCUGCGGCACAGUACCUUGGUGGGUACAGUGGCCACAGGUCGGGCAGGGCUGGGUAGCAUCCCAAAGCCUUGCUUCAGCAGAGCUAAGGGGAAGGAAAGGCGGAAGCUCAUACAGGAGGAGGUUCGGGCAGAGGUGGAAGAGGCUCGCUUCAGCAGAGCGGUGGGCAUGAGCAAGCAGGGGGCUUGGACCAAGUGGGAGCAUGUCACAAGCCGGAAAAUCACAUGGACUGAGCUGUGGAAGGCGGAGCUACAUCAUUUCAAGUUCCUCGUCCAAUCGGUAUAUGAUGUCCUCCCAAGCCCUGCUAACCUGUUCACCUGGGGCCUGACGGACUCACCUGUGUGCCAGCUCUGCCAGAAAAAGGGAUCCUUAGAACACAUCCUCAGCUGUUGCUCAAAGGCCUUGGGAGAUGGGAGGUAUUGCUGGAGCCAUGACCAGGUCCUGCAGGCAAUAGCAGACACCAUCUGUACCAGCGUCAACAUCAGCAAGGGACAACAACCAACCAAGAGCACAAUUGCUUUUGUCUGAGCAGGGGAGAAAUCUCAGCCCUCCAAGAAGACUCAAGGGGGCCUGCUUACAACAGCAAGAGACUGGCAGCUCUUGAUUGAUCUGGGGAGACAGUUGCAAUUCCCGGACAACAUCGCAGCCACGACACUCCGUCCAGACAUGGUGUUGAUGUCAACGUCCAGCCAGCAGGUGGUGCUCCUUGAGCUAACAGUUUCCUGGAUGGACAGAAUGGAGGAAGCCCAGGAGAAGAAGAGGGCAAAAUAUGCAGAGCUUGUGGCUGAGUGCCGGAGGAACGGUUGGAAUGCCCGCUGCGAGCCAAUUGAGGUGGGCUGCAGGGGCUUUGCAGGUAGAUUCCUACACCAUGUCCUUGGACUCCUUGGGAUUUGUGAACUGCAUAGGCAGAGAGCCACCAAGAACAUCUUGGAAGCAGCUGAGAAGGCUUCACGGUGGCUCUGGUUGAGGAGGGGGGAGGCAUGGCGUAGUGCGCUACCUGGACACAAGUCGGGGAACUGA